AUGACGAUAAGUGAUCACGAAGUAAUCGGAAGAGGAAGGAACACCACUGUAUUGGAAGGAAUUUACGAUGGUCGUUCAGUGACUAUCAAACGUUGUGGUCGAUCGGUGGACAAUGAUAUUUUGUUGAAGAAACAGGCCGAUGCUAUGAUUAUAUAUGAUGUUCAUCCAAAUAUUGUUCGAUACAUUGGAAAGGAAGAAGAUCCAUAUUUCACAUAUCUCUGCGUAGAACGAUGUACGUACAACUUAAGUGAUUUCAUUUGCCAAAGCCCUUUGAAAUCCAAGUUGUGGACGAUUAUCGGCACUACAUGCAAUUCACCUGAGCCUAUCCUCUAUCCAUCUGCACUUUUUUUACAGUUGAUGAGGGACAUUGUAAUGGGAUUGGAUCAUUUGCAUUCAAAGGAAUUUGUUCACGGGAACUUGAAGCCCACAAAUAUUUUAAUAAUUGAAGAAAUAAUGUGUGCCAAAAUUUCAUUAGACAAUUGCCUAGGAUGUCAAUCGAAAGAAGCAAUCACUAACGGAGAACAAACUUUUGCCGAUGACUUAUAUAGUCUCGGACGUAUAUUGCUGUUUUGCAUCAGCAAUGGCAAAUGCCCUUUUGCAGAAUCAUUGUCUGAGCAUGAAAUGCAAAUAGCCAAUAAACAAAACAUUUUGUUGAUAGAUAUAGUAGAAGCUAGGGAUCUCAUCACUCGACUUCUCAAUGUUAAAGCACCCUCGAG